AUGGGAAAAACUGGUGAAAAUUCUUGGUUAAAUGCAGUUAAAAGGGCUUUCAGAUCUCCUGUCAAAGAUAAUGAGAAGAGGACCAGCAGAAGAGGAGAAGAACGUGAACAAGACGACGAAGAAAAGAAGAGAGGAAAAAGAAGAUGGAUUCUGUGGAAACCAUCCCUUCAUGAAACCACCAUACAACAUACUGAAGCUAAAAACAAAACCUCUCCAAUUAGCACUUCUUCCACAAGCAACGGUGCAACUUUGUUAAAGACACCUUUAUCAGCAAAUGCCGAAUCCGAGCAGAGGCGCGGCAUUGCAGUGGCGAUGGCAAUGACAGCUGCUGCCGAGGCAGCAGUUGCGACAGCACAAGCAGAGAUUAUUCGGCUAACAAGACCUAAUUCCAUUUCGGUCGAACAACGACAGGCUGCUGUUGUUAUCCAGACAAUCUUUCGGGGUUACCUGGCAAGGAAAGCAAUGCGAGCCCUGAAGGGUGUCGUAAUGCUGCAAUCCCUCAUAAGAGGAUACAAUGUGCGGAAGCGAGCAAAGAUGACUCUCCAGUGUAUGCAAUCUCUCGUCCGUGUACAAACUAGAGUAUGCGAUCAACGCAGGAGAUUGUCGUGUGAAGGAAGCCGAAGUUCCAUGUUUGUAGAGCCUGAUAAUGGAGGAGAAUAUCAUAUCUUAAACAGCAAGCCAAUUACUAGAAAUGUAAGUAGCACUGCAGAUGAUUCAGAAGAAAAUUCGUACACACAUGAGGAAAUCCAAGCUCUGAUACAGAAAGCUAAAGAUUUUUCACUGAAACAUGGAAACACCCUUGCUCGUGCCUUAACUCAACAGAUUUGGAGUGUGGACGAUGAAGGACUUGAGUUAGAAAAUGCCAAACGUUUUGGCACGACAAUGGUGAAGCAAUGUAAUAGGAAUGACAAAUAUUUGUGUGGAAAGGAUACGAUAAAGACUGUCGAAAUUGACACUGAUGGACCUUACUCUAACAGAGCCUCAAAUAUUGACAAAUUGCAAGAUCAUCAGUAUCAUCAGGACCAUCAAGAGAAGCCAUGUUCAUACCUGAUUCCCUCUCCUCUCCACAGAAAACACGACGAUUUCUCCCUCCAUUCACCCAAUAUGUCGUCCUCGCCUAACAUUAAGUCUAAAGUGCACUCAGUCAGUCCUCUUUAUCAAAGACUAGAGAGGAACUAUCAAACAGCCGAGACACCAACCUUACGCUCAAAUUGCUUCCACAGAAUGAGUGUAAGCCGUAACUCAGUCCCUGCAUCUCAGCCAAACUACAUGGCAACGACUGCCUCGGCCAAGGCUCGAGUCAGAUCACAAAGUGCAUCAAGGCAUAGGCCUUUGACCCCGGAGAGGGAGAAAACCGGUUCAGUAAAGAAACGACUUUAUUUCCCUGUCCCGGACCAGUGCAAUGAUAUUGGCAUCAAUUGCCACAUUUCAGAUCAUUACAGCAUGAACACCCAAAGCUAUAAAAACAUUCAUAUGGUCCCAUUUUGUGUUGAGCAGAGGUCAAAUAUUUCAUCUUGUUGCACAGAUAGCCUUGCUGAUGAUAUUUCUUCAUCAGCAACUUGUGAUACAAGAAGAUGGUUGAGAUGA